AUGAUUCAAGAUCGUCUUAACGACGCCGCUAUUGCUCUCUUCCGAGUCCUGAGCAAUGCAGGCAUUCACUUUGGCAUAUUCGGUGGAUAUGCCAUCGCCGCAAUGGGGGGCCUCCGUGAGAGCAAGGACAUUGACUGCCUUGGCUCCGUCUCGAAGGAUAAGGCUAUCGAACUCCUAGACGGAGUCGAUGGCUUUGUCGUCAUACCGCAGAGCCGUCGUCCGACCGACCUGAUCGCAGCCGGGCUGUUCUCGUCGAAAUCUUCUGCGAGCAAUUCCCAGACGAACGUGCUAUCCCUGAACGGACAGACUCUCGGCCAGGGCCGCUCUUCUUUCUUCGACCCGUUCCAUCUAUUCAAGGGGAAGGUUCGGGCUGCGGCCACCCGAUCUCAGUUCCACGACUCGGCAGAUCUUCGCUGGCUGGGCAGCCACUUGGGAGUCCAGAUAAAACCUCACACCAGCAAGCUCGAUCCUGUUUACGUUGGCCUUGCUAUUAGCAGGUACUCGAUUCUUGAAAGGCUCUUCGUGGACUUGGGGGUAGAUGUGGAGGCGGCGAAGGAAGCGGCGAAAGACCAAGACCCGAAUAAUCUACCUCAACCCCAGCCGGGCGAUGUGCAGAAGGGCCUUCUAGGCUGA